UUUUCUCUUUUCCUCUUUCCUGAAGCUCCAACCAUUUUCAUAGAUUUUGGUCUCAGCUUCAAGAUUACUCCAUGCUCCUUUGUCCCAGUGAUCCUUGUUCUUUUAUUCACUAUUCCCAGCCCACCAUCUCUGUCUUCUCUUAUGCAGUGAGACCUGGAAUGUCCUUUGACUGUCGUCUAGUUUCAGGCAGUUGACACCACUGAAUUCUAAACUCUUACACUGGACGAAGGGCAGCAAGGAUAGGCCUGGAGCAGUGGCAGCAUGAACAAACAGAUUCACCAGCCUGACCCGAUCCCCUGUUUGGAUUCCCAGGCCUCUGUGCCUCCACGGCCGGCUCCCCAAAGCCCCUCACCCCAGUCCUUGGAUUUCCUCUCUGCUGCUCCUUCCUGGGGCCUCAGCUGGCUCUUGGCUGUACAGCACAUUCUGGUCCUGGCCUCUUUGCUCUGUGUCUCCCACCUGCUACUGCUUCGUGGUCUUCCCCCAGGAGGACUUUCCUAUGCCCCUGCCCAGCUUUUAGCAUCCAGUCUCUUCUCAUGUGGUCUGUCUACUGCCAUGCAAACCUGGAUGGGCAGCAGGCUGCCUCUGGUCCAGGCCCCAUCCUUUGAGUUUCUCAUUCCUGCUCUGGUAUUGAUCAGCCAAAAACCAUCCCACACUACCUGGGCACCUGGAAACAAUUCCGGAGCACCAGGGCCAUGUGUGGGAACAGGUUGCUUUACCUUGGGAAGCUGGGAUGAAUCUCUGAGAGAGGUGUCAGGCCUAUCCUACUUAUGGUUGUAUGUUCUCAGCAUCUGGGAUCCUGCCUGCUACCCUUAUGCCCACUUCGAACUCCUGUCCCCCCAACUCAUACCCUCGUCCCUGUCUUCCGCCUCUUCUCGGUACUGCUUCCUGUGGUCUGUGUUUGGAUCCUCUCUGCUUUACUGGGCCUUAGUUUCACUCCGAAGGAGCUGUCUGCCCCUAACAUCCCCCCAUGGCUGUGGCUGCCUCACCCAGGCUGGGUCUCAGAGAGUGGCAAGGCUUGCCAGCCUCUUGUGUAUAGGAUUGGGUCUCUCUCCACGACUGACACAGGCCCUCACCACCAUUCCACUGUCAGUACAUGGUGCUGUGCUGGGGGUGAAUCAGGCAGUCAUUUUAUCUAUGGGUUUUUCCUACUUCUACUCUACGGAUAUUGACUCAGGACGCAAUGUCUUCAUUGUUGGUUUUGCUAUCUUCAUGGCACUGCUGCUACCCCGAUGGCUUCAGGAUGCUCCCAUUCUCAACACAGGUUUAAGUCCUGUGGAUGUGCUGCUUUGCUCUUUUUUGGCGGAGCCUGUGCUCCUGGCGGGCCUCUUGAGCUUCCUCCUGGAGAACACUAUCCCGGGAACUCGAUUAGAGCGAGGUCUACCGUCUCGGAAAGAGGCUCAGACCUCUCCGAAGCCCGGAAAGGAUGCUUUGGAAUAUGAACUGCCUGCUCCUUUACAAAAGCUAUUCUCCUUUCUUCCCCAAAGCCUACGAUGCCUCUGUCCCCUACCCGAAGACACAGGGGAUGAGGAGCAAGGGCGUUUGGAGCCAAGAGAGACCACAGACUUGUUGCCCAGCCCCGGGAUCUAAGCCUCAGUCUUAUUAUGACUGAUUGAGGCUGAUUGAGGACCCCUCCUCACCUGGCCCUUUUAAUACCUCUGUAGGAAGGGGGAACCAUUCCCAGCCCUCUCACUCCCCUUUAGCUUCUCUUUGCAGUAUCUCCCAAACUUCCCAGGAGCGAACUAGAACGUGUUGGGGGAAGGGAGUUUCUUUGUCCCCUCCACUACGUAUAAAUUUCACCUAAAGCUCGA